AUGCAACCCUCUUCUACCAAAGGCCUUUUCCCAGGAGUACAGCUCCAACUGCGGUGUUUGGAUCCAUUUGCCGGAAGCCUGCUUGGAAACCCUUCAAUCCAGCUCCUGCUGAAUGGAUUCCUCCUCUGGCAGUCCUGCGGACUUCCUCCAGCUCGCUACAUGGCUCAUUUAUUUCGCAUAGGUGCAGCUACAAACGCAGCCAUGACGGCUCCUGUGUCCACCCUCAAAGCCAUGGGCCGAUGGUCGUCUGCCGUGUAUGAACGCUAUCUGCGCCCUAAAGCUCGGGACAUUCUAGAAGCUCAGAAAACCAUGAGUAUCCAUAACUUGGCACAUAGAUGUAAUUAAAUGAAAUAUAUAAAUAAAUACUCUGCAGAUAACUAUCCAUGCUUGGGCAAUGAGUCUCUCUAACCCGUCUCUCUUUCGGCAGCUUCUCAACUCCCCUUGCUAGCUCCUAGACUGCACGGCAUGAUUGUUUUGGGGGGGUUCUGUUCUUCGCUGCUUUACCCCCGCCAUCUCUGCCUUUAUAAUGGCUCGUGCUAG